GCCCAGUCAGGUGCAUGGGGUUGCUUCGAUGAAUUUAACCGCAUUGAACUUCCAGUUUUAUCCGUAGCUGCUCAGCAGAUAUAUAUUGUACUUCAGUGUAAGAAAAAUAAGAGACCUCAGUUCGUUUUCACUGAUGGUGAUGUUGUUGACAUGGACAGAGAAUUUGGUAUAUUUCUGACUAUGAACCCCGGCUAUGCAGGACGACAGGAGCUUCCAGAAAAUCUCAAGAUUCAGUUUCGCACAGUUGCUAUGAUGGUGCCUGACCGUAGCAUCAUUAUGCGAGUCAAGCUGGCAAGUGCUGGUUUCCGAGAAAACCAAGUCCUUAGUCGAAAGUUCUAUACACUCUACAAACUCUGUGAAGAGCAGUUAUCUAAACAGGUUCAUUAUGACUUUGGACUUAGAAACAUCCUGUCUGUUUUAAGAACGCUUGGAGCAGUGAAAAGAUCUAAUCCCAAAGAGCCAGAGAAAACUGUUGUGAUGAGAGUUCUGCGGGACAUGAACCUCUCCAAACUGGUGGAUGAAGAUGAACCUUUAUUUAUGAGUCUCAUUAAUGACCUAUUCCCUGGAAUUACUCUGGAUAAAGCUGGGUAUCCUGAACUGCAGUCAGCCAUUCAGAAACAGGCAGAAAAAGCAGGGCUUAUUCAUCAUCCACCAUGGAUACUUAAACUCAUUCAGCUGUAUGAAACUCAACGAGUCCGACAUGGUAUGAUGACUCUAGGUCCAACUGGUGCAGGAAAGACAAAAUGCAUUAAUAUUUUGAUGAAAGCAAUGACAGAUUGUGGUGCUCCUCAUAAAGAGAUGAGAAUGAACCCAAAGGCUAUCACAGCUUCCCAGAUGUUUGGUACCCUUGAUGUUGCCACAAAUGACUGGACAGAUGGUAUUUUCUCUACAUUAUGGAGAAAAACUUUAAAAGCAAAGAAGGGUGAGCAUAUCUGGAUAGUUUUGGAUGGACCUGUUGAUGCAAUAUGGAUUGAAAAUCUAAACUCUGUUUUGGAUGAUAAUAAGACCCUUACUUUAGCCAAUGGAGAUCGUAUUCCGAUGUCUCCCAGCUGCAAAAUUAUUUUUGAACCUCACAACAUUGACAACGCUUCCCCUGCAACAGUUUCUCGUAAUGGGAUGGUCUUCAUGAGUUCUUCAGUAUUAGAUUGGAAGCCUAUUUUAAGAGCUUGGCUGCAAACUCUACCUGUUACAUACUCUGAUGUCCUAUGGAAUUGCUUUAAUGCUGUGUUUCAGGAUGUGAUAGAUUUUGUUUUUUCUGCUGUGACACCAAAAAUGCCAAUUUUAGAAUGUAUGUACAUCAAACAAGCUAUUGACCUCCUACAGGGUUUGUUGUCCGACCGAGAUGAGAAGCAGCUCAGCGAGGAACAUAUUGCUCGCUUGUUCAUAUUUGCUGUAAUGUGGUCAGUUGGAGCUCUUUUGGAACCGGAUGACAGGCUAAAAAUGGAGCUGUUCCUACGGAAGCACUCUGCAGUGAAAGAACUUCCAGCUGUGAAUGGAGAAGAAACCAUGUUUGAAUUUGGUAUCAGUGCCUGUGGCCAGUGGGAGCACUGGUCAAAGAAGGUCCCUGAAUAUAUUUACCCUAAAGAUUCAGUACCAGAAUAUACUUCCAUACUGGUUCCAAACGUAGACAGUGUCCGAACAGACUUUCUAAUGCACACUAUCAUGAGGCAAGGAAAAGCUGUUCUGCUAAUUGGGGAACAGGGAACAGCAAAAACAGUUAUGAUUAAGGAUUACACAAGCAAGUAUGAUCCUGAUGUUCACUUGACCAAAUGCCUAAACUUUUCUUCUGCAACUCUACCAAAUAUGUUUCAAAGAAGCAUAGAAAGUUACAUAGAUAAAAGAAUGGGCACCACAUACGGUCCUCCGGCAGGGAAGAAAAUGACUGUCUUUAUUGAUGACAUCAACAUGCCUGUGAUUAAUGAAUGGGGUGAUCAGAUCACCAAUGAGAUUGUAAGACAGCUGAUGGAACAGAAAGGUUUCUACAAUUUGGAGAAGCCAGGAGAAUUCACGAAUGUGGUUGACAUUCAAUUUGUAGCUGCUAUGAUUCACCCUGGUGGAGGUCGGAACGACAUCCCACAGCGCCUGAAACGCCAGUUCACCAUCUACAACUGCACACUUCCUUCCAGUUCCUCCAUUGACAAAAUAUUUCGAACAAUAGCUGAAGGCUAUUUCUGCGAACAACGAGGUUUCCCUGCAGAAAUAUGUAAACUGGCUUCAGCAUUAGUAUCUACAACUCGAAAGAUUUGGCAAACGACAAAAGCAAAGAUGUUACCAACUCCAGCUAAAUUUCAUUACAUCUUUAAUUUACGAGACCUGAGUCGUAUUUGGCAAGGAAUACUUACAGUAACUUCUGAAGUCUGCCGGAGCAUCAGUGUUUUGGUAGCCUUGUUCCAGCAUGAAUGCAGACGUGUUAUUGCAGACAGGUUCAUCAGCCAAAGUGAUAAAGACUGGUUUGAAGAUACGAUGAAAGAGAUUGCUGCUGCAGAACAUGGUCAAAAUCUAUUUGAAGAUGAAUCCACGGAAUUAUACUUUGUGGAUUUCUUGCGUGAUGUCCCGGAAGUCACUGGAGAUGAGCCUGAUGAUGCAGAGUUGAAGGCUCCUAAAAUUUAUGAGCUUAUCCCUUCUUUGGAUUAUUUGGCUGAAAGAUUGCAGAUGUUCAUGCAACAGUACAAUGAAACAAUCAGAGGAUCAAAGAUGGAUUUAGUAUUUUUCAAGGAUGCGAUCGUCCAUUUGAUUAAAAUAUCGCGGAUUAUUCGUACUCCACAAGGAAAUGCAUUGUUGGUGGGUGUGGGUGGAUCUGGAAAACAGAGUCUGACCAGACUAGCAUCAUAUAUUGCUGGAUAUGAGAGCUUUCAGAUUACUUUAACAAGAACGUAUGCCACCAAUAACCUUUUGGAUGAUCUGAAAAUCUUGUACCGCACUGCUGGACAAAAAGGAAAGGGCAUUAUCUUUAUAUUCACAGACAAUGAAAUAAGAGAUGAAUCUUUUCUUGAGUACAUGAACAAUGUUUUGACUUCAGGUGAAGUUUCAAAUCUUUUUGCACGAGAUGAAAUAGGUGAAAUCACACAAGACCUGAUACCGGCAAUGAAGAAGGAGUACCCAAGGUGUACUCCCACUGGUGAAAAUCUUUAUAAUUACUUUCUUGCUCGAGUUCGUAAUAACCUGCAUGUGGUUCUUUGUUUUUCUCCUGUUGGAGAAAAAUUCAGAACUCGCGCACUCAAAUUUCCAGGUCUGAUUUCAGCCUGUACCAUGGACUGGUUCCAGCACUGGCCUAAAGAUGCUCUUGUAGCAGUUGCACAGCAUUUUUUAGUUUCCUACCAUAUUGAGUGCACAGACGGAGUGAAACAAAGUGUUGUUAACACCAUGGGAACAUUUCAAGAUAUUGUAGCUGAAAAAUGUGUUGAAUACUUUGAACGAUAUAGGCGAAGAACAUUUGUGACUCCAAAAUCUUACCUGUCCUUCAUUGGAGGCUACAAAGCUAUUUACAAAGAGAAGUUUGCCAAUGUUGGAAGUUUGUCUGAACGCAUGAGAACAGGUCUUGCUAAACUGAUGGAAGCUGAGGUUUCAGUAAAUCAGCUCUCCAAAGAGUUGGUGAUGAAGGAGAAAGAUUUGGCUGUAGCUUCAAAAAAAGCUGAUGAAGUUUUAUUGGAAGUAACCAUGAAAGCCCAAGCUGCUGAAAAGGUGAAAAUGCAGGUGCAAAAGGUAAAAGACAAAGCUCAGGCCAUUGUGGAUGACAUUGCCAUUGACAAAGCAGCAGCAGAAGAGAAGCUUGAAGCUGCAAGACCUGCAUUGGAAGAAGCUGAGGCGGCUCUGCAGACAAUAAAACCUUCUGACAUUGCAACUGUUCGCAAACUGGGUAAACCUCCUCACUUGAUAAUGCGAAUUAUGGAUUGUGUGCUACUUUUAUUCCAAAGAAAAAUAGACGCAGUAACACCUGAUCAAGAACGCCCAUGUGUGAAGCCAUCAUGGACUGAGGCUCUGAAGCUAAUGAAUAAUUCAGGAUUUCUUAGCAUGUUGCUUACUUUCCAGAAGGACUCAAUUACAGGAGAAACUGUGGAGCUUUUAGAGCCUUAUUUGGAUAUGGAGGAUUAUAAUCUUGAGACUGCUAAAAAAGUAUGUGGAAAUGUAGCAGGUCUUUGCUCAUGGACACAAGCAAUGGCUUACUUCUAUGGUAUUAAUAAAGAAGUUCUUCCUCUUAAGGCAAAUUUAGCCUUGCAAGAGGGAAGACUUGCGGCUGCCCAAACAGAACUGAAUAAUGCACAAAUUCAGCUGGAUGAGAAGCAAAUGGAACUGGAUCAAGUACAAGCCAUGUAUGACACUGCUAUGAAAGAGAAGCAGGCCUUACUUGAUGAUGCUGAGGCAUGCAGAAGGAAGAUGAACAAUGCCACAGCUCUGAUUGAAGGAUUAGGUGGAGAAAAGCUUCGUUGGACAGCAAGCAGCAAAAACUUUCAAAAUCAAAUUAUUAAUUUAGUGGGGAAUGUUCUUCUGGCCACUGGAUUUCUCUCUUACUCUGGACCUUUCAAUCAGGAGUACAGAAAUUUGCUGCUCCAAUUGUGGAAGAAAGAGAUGGACAACAACAAGAUUCCAUACAGUAAUGACCUGAACCUUACUGGUAUGCUUGUUGACAAUGCUACAGUGGGUGAAUGGAACCUCCAGGGUCUUCCAAAUGAUGACCUUUCAAUUCAGAAUGGCAUCAUUGUCACAAAAGCAUCUAGAUAUCCUUUGCUGAUUGAUCCGCAAGGUCAAGGAAAGAUCUGGAUUAAAAAUAAGGAAAAGAAUAAUGGACUCCAGGUCACAACUAUGAACGACAAGUUCUUCAGAAGUCAUAUAGAAGACUGCCUGUCCUUUGGCCGACCUUUGUUAAUUGAAGAUGUUGGAGAGGAACUUGAUCCUGCUCUAGAUAACAUCUUGGAAAAAAAUUUCAUAAAAUCUGGUUCAGCACACAAAGUAAAAGUAGGUGACAAGGAGGUAGAUCUGAUGAAGGGGUUUACGCUUUAUAUGACAACAAAAUUGGCUAAUCCUGCCUAUACUCCAGAAAUUAGUGCAAGAACAACUGUGAUUGACUUUACUGUUACUAUGAAAGGGCUGGAAGAUCAGCUCCUUGGCCGUGUCAUCCUCACAGAAAAACAGGAACUGGAAGCAGAAAGAGUAAAACUGAUGGAAGAAGUGACAUCUAACAAAAGGAAAAUGCAGGAGCUUGAGGAUAAUCUACUCUUCCGUCUAACCAGUACAGAGGGCUCUUUGGUUGAAGAUGAGUCACUUAUAGAAGUCCUAAGAAUCACUAAAACAACAGCAGAAGAGGUCAGUGAAAAAUUAAACAUAGCAGCGGAGACAGAGGUGAAAAUCAAUACUGCACGUGAAGAGUAUCGGCCUGUUGCUGGUCGUGGUAGUAUCCUUUAUUUCCUAAUUGUGGAAAUGAGCUUGGUUAAUGUCAUGUACCAAACAUCCUUACGGCAGUUCCUUGGCAUUUUUGACCUAUCAGUGGAAAGAUCUCAGAGAUCUCAGAUCACAGCAAAAAGGGUAGUAUAUGUAAUCGAGCAUCUCACCUAUGAAGUCUUCAAGUACGCAGUUCGAGGGCUGUAUGAAAAUCACAGAUUCCUGUUUACAUUGCUUCUGGCACUGAAGAUUGACUUACAGGCCAAGAAAAUUUCACAUACUGAGUUUGAAACACUGAUCAAAGGAGGUGCCAGUUUGGAUCUGAAUUCUGUGGAACCAAAACCAAAAAAGUGGAUCCUUGACAUGACUUGGCUCAAUCUUGUGCAGUUGUCUAGCUUGUACCCUUUUAAUCAACUUCUGGUGCAAGUUGCUAGGAAUGAGAAGUCUUGGAAAGCUUGGUUUGAUGAAGAAGCACCUGAAAAAGCUGUUAUUCCUGAUGGGUAUGACAGCUUACUGGAUCAAUUCCGUAAACUGCUCCUUGUCCGUAGCUGGUGCCCCGAUCAUACCGUUGCCCAAGCUCGACACUACAUUGCAGAAUCUCUUGGAGGGAAAUAUGCGGAAGGAUUUAUUCUUGAAAUGGAAGCAAUGUGGGCAGAAAGCGACUGUCGAACACCUUUGACAUGCUUUUUAUCAAUGGGGUCUGACCCCACUGAAAAUAUAGAACGUCUUGCAAAAUCAAAGAAUAUUCCCUGUUGUGCUAUUUCAAUGGGUCAGGGCCAGGAAGUCCAUGCAAGGCGCCUGUUAAAUCAGUGCAUGCAAGAUGGAGGAUGGCUCCUUCUACAGAACUGCCACCUUGGCUUGGGCUUUCUUAGUGAAUUAAUGGACACCAUCGCAACAACGGAAUCUGUGAGCGAAGAUUUCAGGACCUGGAUCACUACAGAGGCUCACCCAGACUUUCCUAUUAAUCUUUUACAGUCGUCUAUCAAAUUUACUAAUGAACCCCCUCAAGGUGUGAAAGCUAGCUUAAAACGAACAUACUCAGCUGUUACUCAGGAUCACCUGGAAGUGAGCAACAUGCCACAGUGGAAACCAUUGCUAUAUGCUGUAGCAUUUCUUCACACGACUGUUCAGGAAAGACGAAAGUUUGGUCCAUUGGGCUGGAAUAUUCCUUACGAAUUUAAUCAGGCAGACUUCACAGCCAGCGUGCAAUUUAUUCAGAAUCAUUUGGAUGAUAUGGACAUUAAACGUGGAGUGAACUGGAGCUGUGUUCGCUAUAUGCUUGGAGAAGUACAGUAUGGUGGCCGUGUAACUGAUGACCUUGACAAAGCACUGCUGAAUACAUAUGCAAGAGUGUGGUUUGGAGAGCAUAUGUUUAGUGAAAACUUUUGUUUCUACAAAGAUUAUGUUAUUCCAAAAGGGAAAACAGUUGAAGACUAUCUCCAGUACAUAGAGCAAUUGCCAGUGAUUGAUACACCUGAGGUAUUUGGACUUCACCCUAAUGCAGAUAUAACUUACCAGACUAACCUGGCUAACGAGACAUUAAGUACAAUAGUGAGCAUCCAACCCAAAGACAGCAGCACUGGAGGAGGGGAAACCCGAGAAGCAGUGGUGCAACGUCUUGCUGAUGAGAUGCUGGAGAAGUUACCUCCAGAUUAUAACCCUCAUGAGGUGAAAGCCCAGCUUCAAAAGAUGGGAGCUAUUCAACCCAUAAACAUAUUUCUCCGUCAAGAAAUUGAUCGCAUGCAACAUGUUAUAUCAAGAGUUCGAACUACAUUGACUGAUCUCAAAUUGGCUAUUGAUGGAUCCAUAAUUAUGUCAGAAGAAUUGCAGGAUGCUUUAGAUAACAUGUAUGAUGCUAGAAUUCCAAAAUUAUGGUUUAGGAUUUCCUGGGAGUCGGCUACUUUAGGAUUUUGGUUUACUGAGCUUCUUGAAAGAAACCAGCAGUUCAGGAGCUGGCUGCAGGAUGGCCGACCAAACCAGUUCUGGCUGACAGGAUUCUUUAAUCCACAGGGAUUCCUAACUGCUAUGAGGCAAGAGACAACUCGCAUGAAUUUAGCAAAAGGGUGGGCGCUGGACAGUGUUGUUUUACACAAUGAAGUGACCAAGAUGAUGAAAGAAGAUGUUGUUGGCCCUCCUCCUGCUGAUAUUGGUGGGGUUUACAUAUAUGGCCUUUUCCUCGAAGGGGCAGGUUGGGACCGCAGAAACAGUAAGCUGGUCGAGUCAGCACCAAAGGUGCUGUUCACAAGUCUUCCUGUAGUCCAUGUGUAUGCUGUCAGCACAACAGCACUACACGACCCAAAGAAGCAACAAGGAAGUGUGUAUUCCUGUCCUGUCUACAAAAAGCCUCGCAGAACAGAUCUGACGUACAUUUUCUCUUUGUAUCUGAAAACAGUGCAGAAUCCUGACCAUUGGACUUUACGGGGGGUUGCACUGCUCUGCAAUUCAAAAUAAGGAUCAACAGGUAGCUAUAA